GUAAAUGACGUGGUUACGAAUCCGUGUGUGCGUGUGAAUGCGCACGUGACGUGGGUGUGUGCGAGCGUGAACGCCAGAAGAACUGUGUAACCCAGUCAUACCAAAGUUAAAUACUUUUUGGGUUAAAAUUAUGUGUUUUUUGUAACUUAAUUCCCUAAAUGUUUAAAGUAUUUUCAGAGAAUAAACUAUUAAAUCACACAGAUUUGGUCAGAAUAGAAAAAAAGGGUUAAACUGACUGAUUUUAUGGUGCACUUCAGUUAUCUGCUGUACUUUUCCAUGGGGUGGGGCUAUGAGGUGAAUAUAAAUCGACUAGUUUCAUCACAGACACACCUGUGUGUGCUAAGAGCUCGACCUGUUGGACUGCAGCAAACCAUGGAGUCCACAGUGAAAAAGCUAGAGGUUACCUACAACCCCAUCAAUGAAAGGAACACCUUCACAAAUGGAGACUUCAUGACAGGACAAGUCACCCUGGAAAUGGGUAAAGACUGCCAGAUCGAGUCCCUGUUUGUUAAGUUCAAGGCAAAGGCUGAUGUUACGUGGUCAGAGACGUACGGUAAGACUACCGUUGUGUACCACUCCAAGGAGAAAUUCUUCACCAUGAAGCAGUACUUCAUACAAAGCAAAGACUCUAAGGAUGGUGAAUACGUCCAGCUGGUAAACCGAAGCUCAGAAUAUUCCAGUGUUGUGGCCCCAGGAGUCCAUGUCUAUCCAUUCACCUUUCAGUUUCCUGCCCAGAAUGUUCCAUCGUCUUUCAAAGGUCCUCAUGGUAAAAUUGUAUAUUCAUUGGAGGCCUGUUUGAGCAGAUCCAUGAGGCCUGACAAGAAAGAAUCCACAACUGUCAACUUUCUGUCAAAAGCUGACCUCAGUGACAUCUCUGCGUUACAGACACCACAACGCAUGUCUAUGGACAAGAAAAUGAAGGUCUUCACCUCAGGGUCUUUGGCUAUGGAAGUAAAUCUUGAAAAAUCUGGCUUCCUUCAAGGUGAAGGAAUAAAGGUGGUGUCAUUCAUCAAAAACGGCUCCUCUCGUGAGAUCAAGCCCAAGUACUGCAUUUACAGAAAGCAGAGUUUUUUUGCAAAAGGGAGAAGAAAAGUCCACACUAAAGAGCUCAUUAAAGAGGAAGGAUCUCCCAUUCCACAGAAGGUAUCCCAAACAGUGACACAGGUCAUUGCCAUCCCCCAUGAUGCUGAGCCAUCCAUCCUCAACUGCAACAUCAUCAAAGCAGAGUACAGACUCAAGGUUUACCUUGACAUCAAGUAUGCUUCAGAUCCAGAGGUCAAGUUUGACAUAGUCAUUCUGCCAGCUUCUCAAAUGCUUCCAGAUGCAUCAUCAUCAUCAUCAUCAUCAUAUGCUCAGUUUGACGCUGAACCUUUUGGGAACCCAGCUGCUUCUAUCUGGAGCUUUGGAUCAUCAGCACCAACUCAAGCUUCUGCUCCUCCUUCCUAAGAUUUUAAUGGAAUGUACCCUUCUUGAAAUGAUUUUUCUUAGAAACAUCAGUAUUAGGGUUUAGAGUUUUAGUGAGUUUUUUAUUCAAAAUGUUCAUACAUCUUUAAAACAUUUUUGGCCACUUUUAAAAUUUGUUCCCGAAAUAAACAUCAGUUCUUGUGAAUCUGGAGGCUAAGAAGUUCUUUGGCAUACAGUGAAUAAAUAAUUUAAACUUGUUAACAUGAUGCAAUAUCCUAAUGGAAGUGGCAAUCAGACAGUAGACGAACUAUAAUAAUAAAGGAGUGGACUUGGUCUGCAUCAACGA